UAUUUUGGAGUUCCUGGACAUGACUGGACUUGGCUUGCAGUUCUUGAAGCUGCUGUUGCACAGCAACCAACUGAGUCUCUGCCGCCUGUCGCUCGCUCUUGUUAAAAAGAGCCUCCCGCUGCACUUGGAACACCUGCACAGUUCUUCCGCAGUUCCACGCUGAGCGGGGGCAGGAGACGGGCUGGCCGAUUCUGCAUCGGAGGAGGUCUCGGCAUGAGCAGAAACACAAAAAUUGGAAGAAACCUGUGAAGGAGGUGCAGGUGAGUGUCCCACCACGACUGGCCCUUCUCCAUCUCAGGUACCAUCAGGAUCGCCCGCUGGAUCUACUUCCACCCCGGGAUUGCUUUUAGGAGAAAAAGACGAUUUGUAUUUUGAACCGAAACGCGUGGAAGUUGUUUCGUGGGCGGACACGAGGGAAGACGGAAUGAAGCGUGCAAAGUGGCUGAGGGGCUGAACGCACGUCAACGCUGCUGCUGCUGUUUUUAGCACCACCCCGAGUUUGGAAAGCUGAGCCGCUAUGGCCAAGUGGCUCAAAGACUACUUGAGUUUUGGCAGCAGGAAGGUACCCCCGCAGCCCCCCACGCCGGACUACACCGAGAGCGAGAUCCUAAAGGCCUACCGCCUCCAGAGGGAACUGGACUUUGAAGAUCCCUACGAGGACUCGGAAAACAGAACCAGGGCCGAGUCUGGGACUUCGGAGCCAGCCACCCCCGUGUACGGCUCGCCUAUGAAGUCCUCCAGCACGGAUGUGAAGUCUCCCAAACACAGACUGAUUAAAGUGGACUCUCAGGACCUGGGGCGGACCAAAAUCCUGCUCAGUGCCAUCUCGUUGGAUGACCAUCAAGAACCCGCAAUGCCGUCUGCUCCACUGGCGGGGGACACCGAUUAUUCGGACCCAUUCGAUGUUCGCCCGGACCAUCGACCAGAACCAGAUCCGAGACCGACUCCCUCGGAAAGCAACGGCUACAUGGAACCUUAUGAGGCCCAACGAGUCAUAACGGAGCUGCAGCGUGGCCCCGGAGGAGGACGCUCGCGGGGCGGGCUGCAGCUUUACGACACCCCUUAUGAAGACGGGCGAGGCCAACGUUCGGGGUUUACGUUCGGAGAAGCUCAGGAGGAGGGCAGCAGCAGGCUGCCGCAAGACGAUGAAAGACCCGCUGACGAGUAUGACCAACCUUGGGAGUGGAAGAAAGAUAACAUCUCCAAAGCUUUUGCAGUGCAGUUUGACGGGCCCGACUGGGAUCGCUCAUCAUCGCCUACCGAGCGCUUGCGUCCUCCGGGGCCUCGCUCCAGCCCUCUAGUGGGCGGUGGCGGGGUGAAGUUUCGAAUGCCCCAGGAAGGUCUCACCAUGGUGGGGGAGAGGGUGGACCCCCAACAGCCUCUGGAGAAGCAAGUGUGGUACCACGGUUCGCUGUCUCGGUCCGAAGCGGAGUCGCUGCUCACGUUGAGUAAAGAGUGCAGCUACUUGGUGAGGAACAGCCAGACCAACAGAUGUGACUACUCGCUGUCUCUAAGGCUGGAGACUAAUCAGGAAACACUUGAAAGCGUCGCCCCCCCCCCCCUCACACAUUUGAUUGCCGAUUGUCCCCUCGCCAAGUGAUUUAGUAGCUGAUUGGUGAGUCGUAUUGAGUAAAUUCUUGCCAUCUGGAUGUUUUUUUUUGGGUCUCAUUUAAGAUUCUCGGUUGAUGCUUUCGGUGAUUAAAAAUGGCUCACAUGGCAUUCCACCAAUUGUAAUAAAUGUAAAUGUGUAUUCAUGACUAUUUUGGUCAUUUUAUGCUAAGAUAGUUUAGCAAAAAAUAUCUCAUAUCUUUUACAGAGGACUUAUGUUUUUUUAAUUGUUUGUAUACAAAGAUUCCGGUCGACCUAUGUUUCGUAAACAACUGUAUUCAUCGUUAAAUUAUUUAACACAAAGAACCUUCACGAGACUCAUCAAUAGCAUUAGCUAGCUAGCAUACUAGUCUUAAUAAGCAGCUAGCACAAACUGACAAGACCUAACGCGAAAUAUGUGCUCUACCAUGUUUAUUAAAAAUAACCUUUUGACAUAUAAACAUAAUAAAUGUGGAAUGUAAUAUGCACAGAUAAGAAUGAGCUAAUUGCCGAAGAGGUGGCGGGGUGAGCAGUGGCUUAUUUUCAUGAGACAGGAAAGUAAAACGCAAUCAAUGAGUUACUCGAUGUGUGGGAGUGUUAAUUGAACAAUAAAUCACAAUACAUAAGAUGCGCUGCGUACAUUUUUUUUUUAUUUUAAUAAAACCUCCACAGUACAGGAAAAAA